AUGAAGGAGCUCACACAUGUCUUUAUUGGACACGCAUUUAGAUAUCUGCGUCAGUUCCUCCAGGGCUGCGGAGUCGCUUCUUGCAGCACGCCUCUCUGUGCUUCAAAUCCAGGAUUUCCACUCAAAGACCCAAGCGAGAUUGCAGUAAAGGCUGUUGAGAUGGCAGCAAAAGGAACUGGAGACUUGUGUCCACGACUUGAGACCAGACCCGCAUCAGCAACGACCCAGCGUGAGAUUGUCGCAGAUCCAACUAUUGACUUGGAUAUCGUCACGUUCAAGGCGCUCAUCGAACAGUGUAAACGGGAUCAGUCGUACGACGCACUUCUUGCCCGCCUUCAGAUCGUCUUCUCUUCGCUCUCUAGACUGUCAAUGAGCUUUGCGGAUGUAGGUCGCGAUCAUCUUUCAAAGUUUCUACAGCGGAAUGGCGGGGAUAUUUAG